UAUAAUAUCAAGGGUAUAAGAGAAUUAUGUGUUUGGAUAAAGGAAGACAAUAUUAGCCUUAGAAGAAAAUGUGAAGCGAAGGUAUUCUAUGACAUCUGAAGUGGCGAGGAAAAGAAAGGUUUCCAAAGUGGUAAUAUACAUGUUAUCUGAUGCCAAAGUAUUAAUGAGAGAUAUAUUAGUUUUUAAAUUGCAACUGGGCCUACUGUGUGGAGAUAUUGAAAUUGGAAACUGUCAUAUUGCUAGAUAUUGUAUUUAUUAAUCAAGAUCAAUGUGUGAAGGUUUUCUGUAGAUAUAUUCAUACCACUGUGUGAACAUAUCCUUCAGCCUUGUAAACUUUGAUGCCUUUGUCAGUGGUCUACACACUCUUAUUGGAUAACCUUUUGUUUCGAAAGUAGUUCUACAGGAUCCUUAACUCAUAAAUCUAAUUCAGUACGAGAAUAGAAUAUUUAUCAAGGAUAGCUUGAAGUCUAUUCUUAUUGGAUUAGUAUUGAAGAAUCUUGUUGAAGGAAGGAUCGAAAGAAAGAAAGAAAAUGGACACUUCAGCACAAACUAAAGAACGGACAUAUAUCGGCGAAGUUAGAAACCUGAAACGAGAAGGCUUCGGUGUGUAUAAUUACGAAAAUCAUUUUUUCAAAUAUGAAGGAGAAUGGCACAAUGGUAAAAAACACGGUCAAGGUCGUCUGGUUAUGAAAGAUGGAAGUUACGUCGAAGGACAAUUUAAAAAUGGUGAAAUCGAUGGUGAUGGGUUCAAGUAUUUUGUAACUAGUGGCGCUAAAUAUUCUGGACAAUUUCAAAAAGGUGAAUUACAUGGACAUGGUGUUAUGCAGUAUAAAGAUGGAAGUCAAUUUGAUGGACAGUGGGUAUUCAAUAAGCGACAAGGUCAUGGAACUUUGAAGACAUCAGAAAAGGCCGUUUAUGAGGGAGCAUUUUUUGGAAAUAUGCGACACGGCGAAGGAACACAAACGUAUGAAAAUGGUGAUUGGUAUCGUGGAGGAUGGGUUUUAGAUAAACGUGAAGGGUAUGGAGAAUUCCGUGGUGCUGAUGGAACAAUAUAUUCUGGACAUUGGAAGAGUGAUCAAUAUGAAGGAGACGGUCGUAUCGAGCAUUGCUCGGGUUUUAUAUAUGAGGGCGAAUGGUUCAAUGGUUUCCCAACAUCAAUGGCCACUAAGAUAACCAUACUUGUUGAAACUAAUGAACUGGAAAUCAACCACGGUGACAAUUUCUCUGUAAAAGUAGAGUGUCGUAAUGAAAAGGGCGAAGUCAUUGAAAAAGACACAGGCAGAGAACUACAGCUAAUGGCUGGUUUCAAAUAUACUAAACCCCAGCCUGGUUCUUCGUUAUUUGAUAUGAUCGAAGACGUCGCUGACAAACCAAUCGAAACACCGUUUGGAUAUGACGUUGUGCCAUUUCCACUUACCUACUACAGUAGCAAUAUUGAUAAUCCUGAAAAUGAAAUGAAAACCGGAAGCAAACCGUCUACUCCUAACGAUCCCAAUUCAAAAGACACUGAUGAUAUAAAUGACCAGAUUGAAUGGAAGCCACUUCCGCAACCAGAAAGUAAAAGAAGUUUUGAGGGCUGCUGUGAAUGGAAUGAAGUCACAUUAGCUCCCCCACCCCCUUUUUAUUCAGCAUUUAAAGGGGACAUACCGAAUCAACCCAAAAAUGUAAAGCCCGGUUCAAGGAAGGCCAAAGCCGCUAUUCCACCCAAAGGUCCUAAGAAUGAAGAGUAUGUCAUUAUUGUACAGGAUGUUACUACUCCCAGCUUCAUGGAAAAAUCUCUUGAGCCAGCAUUUCUUCUUUUGAAGGUCAAAAGGAAGAAGUACAUACCUAAACGGGAGCCAAAACCAAAAUGGGACACAUCAAAACUUAUAGCUUCAAUGUCAAAGAAUACUGGAGAAGAGGAGGAUGGAUAGCAAGUUGUUUUUGUGAUUGUGAUAUUGAAAUAAGGCCACAUUGUUAGGCUAUUGUUCAUGCACAUUGUCAAUUUGUGUAAAUAUUUGCGCUCAAAAUAGUUCUUAAGACCAGAUUUGCGUUAUGUGCUCUCACACAUUUGACAUUUUGUAAUGAGUAGACCAUGGAAUUUCAUAUGAUUGUAAUUACUUUAAUAUGUAUCAAUACCAGAUGUGUCUUUACCUCACACUGAUUGUUAAUUUUGAUUAUCGGCUAUAGUUUACUGAUAGACAUCAACCGUAAAAGGAAAAGAGCUAAUGAGGUGAGAUGAGAGGCAACACUUUACAGCUUACGUUACGUUACAAGUUAUAUAUUGAAGUGCUGUGGUAUUAUCUAAAAUUGUUGAAUAAAAUGAACUGAAGUGAA